AUGGCUACUAGUAAUGGAACAUAUGGUGGUUACAGCUAUAACUUCGUGGCUGGUGAUCCUCCCAAUGAGUAUCUAUGCCACAUCUGUACACUGGUAGCACGGGAUCCUCAACAAGUUACCUGCUGCUACAAUAUAUACUGUAAGAGCUGUCUGGAUACACUAAAAGAGAAGAGCCAACUUGGCCAAGGGUUUAUCUGCCCAACUUGUCGUAGCUCACUAGAAGGAAAGUACUUUAAAGAUGGAAGAGUAGAAAGGGGAAUAAAGUCACUUAAGGUUUAUUGCACUAACACUGAUAGUGGGUGCCAAUGGAUGGGGACUAUUAAGGAUAUUGACACUCAUCUUAACGAUAGUUGUCCCUAUCAACUGGUACCUUGUACUAAUGAGUGUGGAGAGAAGAUUAGGAGAAGUAAACUGAAGACACAUCUGACAGAGAACUGUCCAGAACGAAUAGUUAACUGUCAGUAUUGCAAGCGAAAAGGUCGAUAUCAACUGAUAACAAGCAGCAGUCAUUUUGAUGAGUGUCCUGACCUCCCAAUCCAAUGCAGUAAUAAAGGUUGCAAUGAGAAGAUACCACGACGUUCACUAGCAUCACACAAUAGGACCUGCCCUAAAGCUAUCAUACCAUGUGAAUACAAUACUGUUGGAUGUAAUAAGAAAAUGAAGAGAGAAGAACAAGAGAAGCACAAUGAAGAAUCAAUGAAACAACAUCUGAAGGCAGCAGUGAAGAAGAUUGAGGUGCUGCUUCCAACCCAUCAAGUUUUUAAGCUAAAUGAAUAUGCAAAAAAGAAAAAAGAAGAAGAGGAUUGGUGUAGCCCAGGCUUCUACACAUCACCAGGAGGAUAUAAGAUGUCAUUUAAUGUCUAUCCUAAUGGUAAUGGUGAUAAUAAAGGUACACACGUCUCUUGCUACAUAUGUCUCAUGGCAGGAGAAUAUGAUGAUACAUUGGAGUGGCCAUUUCAAGGAGAAGUUACUAUAGAACUACUGAAUCAACUGGAGGAUAAGAAUCAUUGGAAGCGUACCUUAUUGUUUGAUGAAUCAACAGAUGAUGAUUGUAAGCAAAGAGUGAGAGAAGGUAGCAGUACAAGUGGAUGGGGUCACAUGCAGUUCAUAUCACAUGGAGAGUUAGAGUAUAAUCCAGUUUUUAUAUGUCAGUAUCUUAAAGAUGAUAGUCUGUACUUCAGAGUCACUAUAUCUAAGACAAAGCCAUGGCUGGCAUUAACAUAA